AUGUGGUCGUGGUUCGGCGGAUCGGCCGCGCAGAAGCGCAAGGAUGCGCCCAAGAACGCGAUCCUGAUGCUGCGCGAGCAGCUGGACAUGCUCCAGAAGCGCGAGAAGCACCUGGAGCACCAGAUGGAGGAGCAGGAGGCUGUUGCGAAGCGGAACGUGGCGACGAAUAAGAAUGCGGCCAAGGCGGCCCUGCGACGAAAAAAGGUCCACGAGAAGAACCUCGAACAGACGACGGCGCAGAUCGCCCAGCUCGAACAGCAGAUAUACUCCAUCGAGGCGGCGAAUAUCAACCAGGAGACGCUGAACGCAUUGAAGACCGCCAGCACCGCCAUGACCCAGAUCCACGGUAAAAUGACCAUCGACAAGGUCGAUGAGACUAUCGAGGAAAUCGCCCAGGCUAUCACCUCGGGCUCGAUCGGCGAACAGCCCGACGAGACCGAGCUGGACCGCGAGCUCGAGGGCCUCGAGCAGGAGGCCAUGGACGAACGCAUGCUCAAGACAGGCACGGUGCCCGUCGCCGACCAGAUCAACAUGUUGCCCUCCGCAGCCAAGGGCGAACGUAAGACUCCCUUCCCCCCACCUCGGCGGCCUCCCAUGUGCGCAACCGAAGCUAACACACGUUUCUAUGCAGUCACUACAGGCAAACAACCCGCGCAAGAGGAAGACGAGGAGGCCGAGCUGGAAAAGCUACGGGCCGAGAUGGCCAUGGGAUAG